AUGCCCCCCGUUCAUGGUCCAGAAAGCUUCGGCUCCGGCUCCGGCGAGGGCCGAUCUCCCAGUUCCUCGCGUCUCCACUACCAGUUCCCUGCCUCCGAAUGGUCUGAAGCUCUACCAAUCGGCAACGGGCGGCUGGGUGCCAUGGUCUAUGGGCGAACUGACAUCGAGCUCUUGCAGUUGAAUGAGGACUCGGUGUGGUACGGCGGGCCGCAGGACAGGACACCAAAGGACGCCCUCCGCCACUUGCCGACACUCCGACAGCUCAUCCGAGAUGAAAAGCACGCCGAGGCCGAGUCUCUCGUGCGAGAGGCCUUCUUCGCGACGCCGGCCAGCAUGCGACACUAUGAACCGCUGGGCACUUGCACCAUUGAAUUCUGUCACGCCACUGAGGAUGUCACGGACUACCGCCGAUACUUGUGUCUGGAAACCGCGCAGAUGACUGUCGAAUAUCAAUGUGGUGGUGUCUCUUACCGUCGAGACACCAUUGCCAGCUUCCCAGAUAAUAUUUUGGCGUUUAGGAUCACGGCAUCGGAGGCCGCUCGAUUCGUCAUUCGACUGAACCGAGUCAGCGAGAUUGAGUGGGAGACCAACGAGUUCCUCGACAGCAUCGACGCAGUGGACGGGCAGAUUACACUGAGUGCGACGCCUGGCGGACGGAAUAGCAAUCGAUUGUCUAUUAUUCUCAAGGUUUCUUGCGAUGACGCUGCAGGAUCCGUAGAGACUGUCGGUAACUGUGUCGUGGUGACCUCUUCAGCGUGUACGAUUGCCAUUGGUGCUCAGACGACCUACCGAGAGAACGAGCCCGAAGAAGCCGCUAGGGGUGAUGUCCUCAAGGCACUGAAAACCCCGUGGGCCACGCUGGUUGAUCGUCAUCAGGUGGACUAUCGGAACCUCUUUGGUAGAACGACACUUCGUAUGUGGCCUGAUGCCGACCAUCUCCCAACAGAUCAGCGAAUCAAACAGAACCGAGAUCCCGGGCUGAUUGCUCUAUAUCAGAAUUACGGUAGGUAUUUGCUCAUCUCGGCAAGCCGAGACUCUGUCAAGGCGCUGCCUGCGACGCUGCAAGGCAUCUGGAACCCUUCUUUUGCUCCACCUUGGGGAUGCAAGUAUACCAUCAACAUCAACCUCCAGAUGAACUAUUGGCCAACCGGACCGUGUAACUUGACCGAAUGUUCUGUUCCGAUGCUCGACUUGCUAGAGCGCAUGGCGGAGCGAGGGAAAAAGACGGCAAAGACCAUGUACGGCUGUGGAGGAUGGUGUGCGCAUCACAACACUGAUAUCUGGGCAGAUACAGACCCCCAAGACCGAUGGAUGCCCUCUACUAUCUGGCCUCUCGGGGGCGUCUGGGUUUGUAUCGACAUAUUUGAGAUUUUGCAGUACCAGUAUGACGAGAUCCUUCACAAGCGAGCCGCAACUGUCUUGGAGGGUUGUAUCGUUUUUCUUCUCGACUUUCUAGUGCCAUCAGCUUGCGGCACAUACUUGGUAACGAACCCAUCGCUAUCACCCGAGAACACUUUCAUCUCUGAUUCAGGCGAUGCUGGUAUUCUCUGCGAAGGUUCCGCCAUCGACAUGACUAUUGUUCGAAUAGCCUUUGAGAGAUAUCUUUGGAGUACUGAUAAACUGCGCGUUAACAGCCAGUUGCGAACCAAGGUGAUAGAGGCCCUCGGCAGGGUGCCCGAGUUGUCUGUCAACGCCGACGGCUUGAUACAAGAGUGGGGAGUAAAGGACUACAAAGAGCUUGAGCCGGGCCAUCGACAUGUCUCCCACUUGUUUGGGUUGUACCCGGGAGAAAGCAUCAGCCCUGGGAGAUCUCCAGAACUAGCGACUGCUGCAAAAAGAGUACUGGAACGAAGAGCAGCGCAUGGAGGUGGGCACACGGGGUGGAGCAGGGCUUGGUUACUCAAUCUCCAUGCUCGACUCCUGGAUGCCGAAGGCUGCGGCCAGCAUAUGGAUAUGCUGCUUAAGAGCUCGACGUUGCCAAACAUGCUCGAUAAUCACCCGCCGUUCCAGAUUGACGGCAACUUUGGUGGGUGUGCCGGCAUCCUCGAGUGCUUGGUUCAGUCCAGUGUCUCGCAAGAUACCACAGAGAAACAUGUAGUCGAGAUUCGACUUCUCCCGUCAUGUCCCAUAAGCUGGCCCGAUGGUGAGCUUUCACGGGUUCGAACUAAGGGUGGAUGGCUUGUGACGUUGGAGUGGCAGAGCAGCAGUAUCAAAGAGCCGGUAUUGGUGGAAUACCCUAGUGCUGAAAAUGCUGAGGCUCAAGUUGUUUUCCCCGAUGGUUCUCGGACGAUUGUGUGUGGCGGUGCGCCAUUGUCCAAGCAAUAUGUAGAGCGCCAAGGAUAG